AUGGUGAAAUCGUACCUGAAGUACGAGCAUGCCAAAACCUUUGGUGUGGUCGCAUCGAGCAGCUCGAACAUUGUCUGGAUUGCAAACGACCGAAACGGCGCUGGUGCUGGACAAGCUGUUGUCGCCGCGAACGAAGAAGUCCUUUGCUGGGAUAUUAAGAAGGGCGAACUGCUGAGCUGUUGGCGCGAUGACCGAUGCACUGUUCCAGUGACGUGCAUUGCGCAAAGCCAGACUGACAAGGACGUUUUUGCCGUCGGUUACGAGGACGGUAGCAUUCGCCUUUGGGACAGCAAAAUCUCGACCGUCAUUGUGAGUUUUAACGGACAUAGAUCGGCAAUCACCAAACUCGACUUUGACAAAUCUGGAAUCCGACUUGCAAGCGGAUCGAAAGACACCGACGUUAUCAUAUGGGAUCUCGUGGCUGAAGUCGGCCAAUUUAAGCUGAGAGGGCACAAAGAUCAGAUUACCGGCCUACGUUUUAUUGAGCCAAAUGCCGAGGUUCAAAAUGAAGAUGGGUCUCGCGCGAUGGUGUUGGACGGGGAAAACAGCUCAGACGGUUAUAUAUUGACGACUGGCAAAGACUCGCUGCUCAAACUCUGGGACCUCUCCUCGCGACACUGUAUCGAAACCCAUAUUUCGCAAACCAGCGGCGAAUGCUGGGCACUUGGAGUCUCGCCAAGCGCUGAAGGCUGCGUCACAGCUGGAAAUGAUGGGGAGAUGAAGGUUUGGUCUCUUGACGUUGAAGGCCUAGCUGCGAGUGCUGGUAGUGUUGAUGUGGCUGCUACCAAGUUUAUCACUAACCGUGGCACGCUGCACCGCCAGAACAAAGAUCGCGCUUUGGAAGUUGAAUUCCAUCCCAAGAAGGACUACUUCGCCGUUCACGGCUCAGACAAAGCCGUCGAGAUAUGGCGUAUGAGAAACGAAGCUGAAGUUAAGAAGGGGCUGGCACGCAAGCGACGCAGGCGUCGCGAGAAGCAAAAGGACUCCAAGCAAGAUGAAGAAGCGGACGAAGAUGAAACGGCUGUGGAUGUUGCAUCGGCAGACAUCUCCGACGUCUUUGUCCAAUACGUUGUGGUAAGAACAGGAGGAAAGCUGCGGUCCGCUGCCUGGGCGUUACCAAGCGGGCAAAAAGAUCUUCACCUCCUAGUUGGCACCACGAACAAUCAGUUGGAGUACUUCAGCGUUCCUUCAAAAGAGAAGAGCGAAAAGAAGUCGAAACAGGAUAUCCCGGAUUACACGCGAGCCCUCUCCAUCGAUCUUCCCGGCCACCGGGCCGAUAUUAGAGCUCUAUCGCUGAGCUCCGAUGAUAAGAUGUUAGCAAGCGCGGCAAACGGAUCUCUGAAAAUAUGGAACGUCAAAACACAAGCUUGCAUUCGAACCUUUGAAUGCGGAUAUGCUCUUAGCUGCGCAUUCUUGCCUGGAGACAAAGUCGUUGUCGUUGGAACCAAAAGCGGCGAAUUGCAGCUGUUUGACGUUGCUUCGGCCGCUCUUAUCGAUAGCGUUGACGCCCACGAAGGCGCCAUCUGGUCAUUAAACGUGCACCCAGAUGGCCGCUCUGUGGUGUCUGGCAGUGCAGACAAGUCAGCCAAGUUCUGGGACUUCCGCAUAGUCCAAGAAGAGAUUCUUGGUACCAAGAGGACAACCCCCAAGCUGAAGCUUGUACACUCGAAAACACUCAAGGUCUCGGACGAUAUUCUCUGCCUCAAAUUCUCGCCUGAUGGAAAGCAUGUUGCGGUGGCUCUUCUGGACAACACUGUAAAAGUUUUCUUUGUCGACUCCCUCAAACUAUACCUCAAUCUUUAUGGUCACAAGCUGCCUGUGCUCAGCAUGGAUAUAUCAUAUGAUAGCAAGCUGAUCGUCACAAGUUCGGCCGACAAAAACAUCCGCGUUUGGGGUCUGGACUUUGGCGACUGCCACAAGGCCUUGUUUGGCCACCAGGACAGUAUUCUACAAGUUGCCUUUGUGCCCCACAAUGCAGACCAGAACGGCCAUCACUUCUUCAGCAGCAGCAAGGAUCGAACGAUUCGCUACUGGGACGGUGACAAGUUUGAACAAAUCCAGCGCCUUGACGGGCACCACGGCGAGGUCUGGGCCAUAGCUGUCAGCCGCACCGGCAACUUCCUCGUCAGCGCGGGCCACGACAAGAGCAUCCGCGUUUGGAAUGAAACGGACGAACAAAUCUUCCUCGAGGAAGAGCGCGAGAGAGAGAUUGAGGAGCUGUACGAAGGCACUCUGACGACAUCCCUCGAGCGGGACGAAGACGCCGCCGACGCCAACGGCGAGUUUGGCGCCGCCAGCAAGCAAACUACGGAUACCUUGAUGGCGGGAGAGCGAAUAGCCGAGGCGCUCGACUUGGGUUUGGCUGACCUGAACCUGCUGAAGGAGUACGAACAAGCGAAGGAAGGCAAUCCCAACGCGCCCGCCCCUCAGCGCCACAUUGUCUUCAUGGCGCUCGGCAACAUCACGGCCGAAGCCUACGUCCUGUCAGUUCUGCAGAGGAUCAAGGCCGCUGCCCUGCACGACGCCCUGCUGGUGCUGCCGUUUGCCUCGGUGCCGAUGCUCUUCACGUUCCUCAACAUCUUCGCCACGCGGUCCAUGAACAUCCCGCUCACCUGCCGCAUCCUCUUCUUCAUGCUCAAGACGCAUCACAAGCAAAUCGUGGCGAGCCGCGCGAUGAAGACGAUGCUUGAUGGCAUCCGCGCGAACCUGCGCGCGACGCUCAAGGAGCAAAAGGACGAGAUGGGGUUCAACCUCGCCGCCCUCAAGGUGGUGGGUAUGCAGAUUCGCGAGAACAGCAUCAAGGACUACGUAGACGACACGUGGGAAGAGGAAAACCAGGAAAAGAGCGCCAAGAAGCGCGGGUUUGUACAUGUAGCAUGA